CCUCCAGGCUGAUCCAGCUUCUCCCCUCUCUGUGUUUUGGCUCCAGGUGACGGAUUUUGGUUUUGCCAAGCGGGUGAAAGGCCGAACCUGGACUCUGUGUGGGACCCCGGAAUACCUGGCCCCCGAGAUCAUCCUCAGCAAGGGUUAUAACAAGGCUGUGGACUGGUGGGCCCUGGGCGUCCUCAUCUACGAGAUGGCGGCUGGUUACCCCCCGUUCUUCGCGGACCAGCCCAUUCAAAUCUAUGAGAAGAUUGUCUCUGGCAAGGUCCGGUUCCCGUCUCACUUCAGCUCGGACCUGAAGGACCUGCUCCGGAACCUGCUGCAGGUGGACCUCACCAAACGCUUUGGCAACCUCAAAAACGGGGUCAACGACAUCAAGAACCACAAGUGGUUUGCUACCACUGAC